CUUAAACAGCUUCUUGGGUUUGACAUAAAAUUGACAGAGUUCCUCAGACACAAGUCCACACCUUCUUCAGUGCAGAGCAGACAGACUCGCACGCAAACUCACUUCUUAGUCAGGACCUGCACCAUGAGCUUGGACCAGAGGUACCCAUUCCCACAGGUGUUCCUGGUGGAUGAAGGUGGAAGUCAACGCCAGUCUGUGUCGCCUCCAAACCUUAUUCCCUGCUGGUCAUUCCCGCCAGCUCAGGAGGCUAUGAGGAGCCGCGGCAAGAGCCGGACCUGCAUGGGGGUCAGCCCCAGCCUGGCUAUGGUGGUGCUGAUGCUGUUCCUGCUGGUGUUUGCAGCCCUGGGGUUUGAAGCCUGGCAGAUCCUGAACAUACAGAAAAAACUCAAAGAUGUAGAGAAGAUUGAGCAUGAACCCGUGACUGAGUUUGGUGCACCUCUGAAGCAAAUUGGUCUCUACAAGCCAGAAUCAAUUGAAGAAGAGAAAAAGGACAGAUGUGCUGCUCAUGUUAUUGGGCGGAUUGAGAAAAAACCUUACCAAAAGACUUUGCGAUGGGAACCGAAGGCAGGCCAGGCCUUCACCUCUGGAGCGGUGGCUUACCGCAUCGAAGAUGGCGCCCUGCAGGUUAACAAGUCAGGAGUCUAUCAAAUUUACUCUCGUGUGGAGCUGAUCUUUGGGAAGUGCUUGCCCAGCUCUUCCUUUGAGCACACCAUGUUUGUGAGAAGGGCAGGACAGACCUCACCUCUGACUCUGAUGAUGGCCCACAGAUCGGGUUUCUGCCCCCAGCAGUCAGCCCACUCGUGGACCACAGAAAACUAUCUCGGCGGCGCCCUGCAGCUGAAGAAGUUCGACAGAGUUUACGUGAACGUGUCCCACCCUGAGUAUCUCAGUCACUCACAUUAUGGCAACUUCUUUGGCCUGUACAAGAUCUGAAGAGAUUCGAUUGUUUUGGCUUUGAUCCUUGAUCCUUUGAUUGUAUUUUCAUUAUUUUAUCUAUAAUACAUGGACUAAAUAGCUUCUUAUUGCGAUGUAAAAAACAAGAGAUGAUAUUGCACAUUUUAUAUUGGCAACUUAAAGGAAAAAAAGCACUGAGAAAAAAUAACAGAGCAUUUUUACACAAAACGUUCUGCUUUUAUGGAAGAUGUCUAGUCAUUUGACACUAAGGUGCUGAUUUAGUUGUAGCAUUUUCAGUAUUUAUUUUGUAUGCCUGUAUUAUAGUAUGAGUGUUUUAAAGAGAAAAUAAAGGAAUGAUUUAAGCAGA